CUGCGAAUCGGGAAGGGCUGGUGUCCCUCACCCCGACCUGCAUCCUCUUCCCGCCCCCUCCUCCCGCUCUGGCGCAUCAGGACCCUUUCCAGAAGUGGAACCGAGGGACGCCCAUUGUGGGGGAGUUGGCGGGCACCCACGUGACAGACAGACCCCGGGGCGUCCCAGGUUUGCAGGGAACAUGGGCAUGCUCAGGGCAGGGCUGUGCCCCGGCCUCACCGAGGAGAUCGUCCAGCUUCUGAAAGGCCGAAGGAUCAAGACAGUGGCGGACCUGGCAGCUGCUAACCUGGAGGAGGUAGCCCAGAAGUGUGGCUUGUCCUACAAGGCCCUGGUUGCCCUGAGGAGGGUGUUGCUGGCCCAGUUCUCGGCUUUCCCAUUAAAUGGCGCGGACCUCUAUGAGGAACUGAAGACUUCCACUGCUAUCCUGUCCACCGGCAUUGGAAGCCUGGACAGACUACUUGAUGCUGGCCUCUAUACGGGGGAGGUGACUGAAAUUGUAGGAGGCCCAGGUAGCGGAAAAACCCAGGUAUGUCUCUGUGUAGCUGCAAAUGUGGCCCACAGCCUGCAGCAGAAUGUACUGUAUGUUGAUUCCAAUGGAGGGAUGACAGCGUCCCGCCUCCUCCAGCUACUACAGGCUAGAACUCAAGAUGAGGAGAAACAGGCAGGUGCUCUCCAGAGGAUACAGGUGGUGCAUGCAUUUGACAUCUUCCAGAUGCUGGAUAUGCUGCAGGACCUUCGGGGCACCAUGGCCCAGCAGGCAACGGCCUCUUCAGGCACUGUGAAGGUUGUGAUUGUGGAUUCCGUCACUGCAGUGGUCGCCCCGCUUCUGGGAGGUCAACAGAGGGAAGGCCUGGCCUUAAUGAUGCAGCUGGCCCGAGAGCUCAAGAUCCUGGCCCGGGAGCUGGGUGUGGCAGUGAUGGUGACCAACCACUUGACCCGAGACCGAGAUAGUAGGAGAGUCAAUCCUGCUCUGGGACGCUCCUGGAGCUUUGUGCCCAGUACCCGGAUUCUCCUGGAUGUCUUUGAAGGGGCUGCAACAUCAGGUAGCGGCCAACGCGUGGUGUGUCUGACCAAGUCUCCCCGCCAGCCAACAGGUCUGCAGGAGGUGAUAGACAUUGGGACAUUGGGGACUGAGGAGCAGAGCCCAGAAUUGCCUGCCAAACAGACGUGACGCUGUUGACUGGGAAAGGGACAGCUCCCAGGCCCUUACAGCAUUCCUUCUCAGUCAGCUGCUGUCCACUGCCACAGGGGACUGGGAAGUGUAGACGUCUCAGACUUGUCAGAAACCAAGCCUCAGCUUCCUCACCUUCACUGUGGGAUCUCAUGGAGCCACUGGCCAGAGGAUGCUGCCGUGGGGAGGUGUGGAGUGGGGAGGAGGACCUAGAAGUCCAUCGUAGGCCAUCGCGGCCUCAAGUUUUCUUCCUUUGUGUCCGCCAUAUGUUUCCAGUGGAGGUUGAGGUCAACCUAGCUUGGGACAUCAAACACAGUAAUGACUGGAUGAAUAGCUUCUUGGCCUUGUGUGUCACCAUCCCUCACACAGUAAUUGAUCCGGGAAGCUUUCGCUCCACCCAUUUCCAUUUAUUUUGGCCUCAGUUUUCCCACCUGCAAGAUGGGACUUCCUUUGUCUGAGUUACUCAGUAGGAACAACCUCAGAAAUGUAAAGUUCUUUAUGUAUGCCCUGCUCUUAAAAAUACAUAAUGCUGGGCGGUGGUGGCGCACACCUAUAAUCCCAGCACUAGGGAGGCAGAGCCAGGUGGAUCUCUGUGAGUUCGAGGCCAGCCUGGUCUACAGAGUGAGAUCCCAGACAGGCACCAAAACUACCCAGAGAAACUCUGUCUCAAAAAACCAAAUAAAAUAAAAUUAAAAUUAAAAUAUUAAAAAAAAAGUAAAAAGGAAGUCCUCUGAACCCUAGAGCCACCAGAUUUUCCCCCAAGAAGGUUGUUUUUCCGUUCCUGCAGUGGGAUUCCCAGAGAAUGAGAGUUCUUCCCUGCUUGCUGACUGGGUUUCACACACCUGCAUGCAUCACCCUGAUAGGUGAGAACUUGAGCUCACUGCUGUCCCAGGGAUAUAAUUUACCAGGGAGGAAGGAUGUGACCUGCUUCCAGUGAACCAGACACUUGUUUCAUAUGCAUGGUGCCCUGUGGGGGCUCUUCCUCAGUCUAGAGUAACCAGAGGUGCUGAACCAUGGCCUAACCCAUAAACAGACAGAGGAGAAUUUGCACAGUAAAUAGAACCAGCUGGGAAAAUUGAUGCUGGCAUAAAUAAUACAUGGCCAAUCUAGUCUUUUAUACAGAAAUUCAUUGCCGGUGGCUCUAAGAUGCAGGAUAAUUACACCUCUCGUCUUGCCAGCUGUACCACAGCCUCAUGUCUUAGUGAAUAAAACAACCCUCUGUCUGUUACCAACA